CACAUGUCAUGUAAACGGUGAUAGUCACAGAUGAAUCUUGUAGACCACAGAAUAGAACAAGUGACUAACACGAUUGCGAACUAUAGAAGCCAAUGCUUGUAAUUACCAUUUAAGGCGGUAAAAUAUUACAAUUCUGUAGAAUAUUGAGUUAAACUCAUGGCAAAACAUCAUCCAGAUCUAAUUUUCUGCAGGAAACAACCAGGUGUAGCUAUUGGACGAUUGUGUGAGAAAUGUGAUGGGAAAUGUGUUAUAUGUGAUUCGUAUGUGCGACCUUGCACAUUAGUGAGGAUUUGUGAUGAGUGUAACUAUGGGUCUUACCAAGGACGGUGUGUGAUCUGUGGAGGACCUGGUGUAUCGGAUGCAUACUAUUGUAAAGAGUGUACCAUACAGGAGAAAGAUCGUGAUGGGUGCCCGAAGAUCGUGAACUUGGGUAGCUCUAAAACUGAUCUCUUCUAUGAACGGAAAAAGUACGGCUUCAAGCGGAGGUGAAGGGGCCAGUGAACAUCUGACUGCUAUGUACUUGCUGCCUCCGUCAUCAGGGCGAUACAUCUGAAAUUUCAGUAAAUAUCUACC